UCUUUGUAGAAGAAGAAGAAGUAGCAUCUCCUGCUGGUUUUCGAAGUUAUGGCGGAGACGAGUAAACGGCAGCGGAUUAGCCGCAUUCAGAACAUUUUACAGAAUGCUUCUCCAGUAGCUAUUGGUUCCUUUGUGGAGGGCUCCAUACGUCGCAUCACAAUGAAAAACUUCCUGACAUAUGACUACUCUGAGGUGUAUCCUGGUCCAAACCUGAACAUGAUUGUUGGAGCCAAUGGAACUGGAAAGUCCAGCAUUGUGUGUGCCAUAUGCCUGGUUCUGGCUGGAAAGACUGCAACACUGGGGAGAGGAGACAAGGUUGGGCUUUAUGUGAAGCGCGGCUGCCAAAAAGGUUUUGUUGAGAUAGAACUGAACAGAAAUGCAGGAAACUUGGUGAUUAGUAGAGAGAUCCAUGUAGAGAACAAUCAGUCAAUCUGGAUGAUAAAUGGUGGAAUGAGCAACCAGAAAAGGGUGGAAGAGGAGGUCAAAGCUCUGCAGAUCCAAGUCAGCAACCUCUGCCAGUUUCUGCCUCAGGAGAAAGUUGGAGAGUUUGCAAAGAUGUCCAAAAUUGAAUUGCUGGAGGCUACUGAAAAGUCCGUCGGUCCUCCAGAAAUGUACAACUAUCACUGUGAGCUCAAAAACUUUCGCAACAAAGAACGAGAAUUAGAGAAUGUUGUGAAGGAAAAGGCAAGCUUCCUUGAAAAAGCCAAGCAGAGGAAUGAGAGGAACAAGCAUGACGUGAAUCGUUAUUAUGAAAAAAAAAGACAUCUGGAUGUGAUCGAGUUGCUUGAAAAGAAGAAACCAUGGGUGGAAUAUGAGACCACCCGUAAGGAGCUGGAGGGGGUGAAAAUGGAGCGAGAAGAAGCCAAAAAGCAGCUCUCUGCCCUCAGGCAGUCCCAGGCACCCAUGUUAAAGAAGAUCCAACAGAUUGAUGACAAGCUGAAGCCCACAGAGGCACAACUGAAAUCUAAGACUGCAGCAAUCAAAGAAACCUCUGUAAACUACAAAAGGAAACAGGACCAUCUGGAUCAGAAAAACAAAGAGAUCGACGACAUUAAGCAGAAUCUGCGGCUGAAGCAGACUGAAGAAGAGGACCACCAGAAGCGGAUCAGUAACACCAGACGAACCAUCGAAGAUUUGAAGUCGGAGCUGGCCAAAAUCGCCGACCUGCCAGACGUAACGCCACAGAUCAAUGCUGUCAAUGUGGAGCUGAGGCGUGUCCAUGUGGAGCGAGCCAAGAUUGAUGGAGAUAAGACUGACCUGCGCAGGGAGAACGACAACAUCACUGCUGAGUCCAAAAUGUUGGAAAAGAAGCUGAAGGACAUGAACAAUAUGAUGAAUGCCAAAGAAGAAAAGCUGCGAGGGCGCCACAGGGACACCCACACUGCCCUCCAGUGGCUAAGGAAGAACCGAGAUUUAUUUGAAGGAAAUGUCUAUGAGCCCAUGAUGCUGGUGCUCAAUGUAAAAGAUCCUCGCUAUGCUAAAUAUGUGGAGAACCACAUCUCUUUCCAUGACCUGCGGGCCUUCGUCUUCCAGAGGAAAGACGACAUGGAGAAGUUCAUGACUGAGGUCCGUGACAAGAUGGACUUGAAGGUUAACUCCAUCUGUGCUCCAGAAGAGUCGUGCUCUAAGCGGCAGCCAUCUAAAAGCAUUGAGUCGCUGAGACGUUUUGGCUUCUACACAUACCUCCGUGAGAUGUUUGACGCUCCUGAAGAGGUGAUGAGUUACCUUUGUUUCCAGUACAAGGUGCACGAUGUGCCAGUGGGCAAUGAUCAGACCAAAGCGGUCAUCAAAACGGUGAUUGAGGAGCCCUACCUGAAGGUGUUAUUCACAACAGAUGAGAGAUACACUGUCAAAACGUCCAUCUAUUCCAAGAAAAUAAGCACCAGCAACUCUGCCGUGCACCCCUCUCAGUACCUUUCAAUAACUGUGGAUGCUGUACAGAAACAGCAGGUGGAACAGCAGAUGAAGACCUGUGCUUCAAGAUCACGUGAGAUUGACGAGCAGAUGAAGGCCCUGCAGAAGGAGGCUGCUGCUCUGGAUCGCAAAGAAAAUGAACUGUUGUCAGAAAAGAAACGACUUUCUGAGCUUAAAGGGAAGAAGAGACAACUGGAACAGAAAAUCAGCACCAAACAGGACAGUCUGAAGCAGAUGGAGCAGAGUGUUAUUGACCUGAAGAAAGUUGAAGAGGUAACUAAUAAAAAAAUUAAGGCCGCCAAUCUACAGAAAGUGACGAUAGUUGCAGCAAUCGUCGAUCAAGUCAAGCUGAAAGCAAAGUUAACAAUGGAGAAGGUGUACCUGGCCUUGGAGAUGGCGGGAUUGACUGCGGAGAAGGCUAAGCUUGAAAAUGACUGCAGGGAAGGCGCCUCUGAAUUUAAAACUAUGGAACAAAGAUGCAGCCGCCUGGAGCAGAGAAAGAUUCAGCUGACAGAGCAGUGCAAGGGCCUGUUGAAGAGGGCAAAGUCAAACUGUCGGAUGCAGCCAGAUGAGGCGAUAUCAGAAGAUCUGCGUAAUGCGUUCAGCAAACUGCCUGACACACUGGAUGAGGUUGAUGCCAUGCUGAAUGAGGAACGCUCCAGAGCUGAGUGCUUCACUGGUCUUAGUGAAAAUGUUGUUGAAGAGUACAAUAAGAGAGAGCAGGAGAUCAAAGUUCUUGAGAAAGAGCUUCAAAUAAAGACAGAUGCCUUGAAUGCCUACAGACAGAAUAUAUCUGAGGUCAAGGAACGCUGGCUGAACCCACUGAAGCUGCUGGUGGAACAGAUAAAUGACAAAUUCAGUGAAUUCUUCCGCUCCAUGCAGUGCGCAGGAGAGGUGGAUUUGCACUCGGAGAAUGAGGAGGAAUAUGACAAGUAUGGGAUCCGCAUUCGUGUGAAGUUCCACAGCAGCACACAGCUCCAUGAGCUGACGGCUCACCAUCAGAGCGGAGGCGAGCGGAGCGUCUCCACUAUGCUUUAUCUGAUGGCCUUACAAGAGCUUAACCGCUGCCCAUUCAGAGUGGUGGAUGAGAUCAACCAGGGAAUGGAUCCCAUAAAUGAGAGGAGAGUGUUUGAUAUUGUAGUCCGCACCGCCUGCAAAGAGACAACUUCUCAGUACUUCUUCAUUACCCCAAAGCUUCUACAGAAUCUAGAGUACGCCGAGGAGAUGACCAUUCUCUGCAUCCAUAAUGGGCCUCACAUGCUUCCUCCCAAUGAGUGGAACACGUCAGCUUUCAUCAAACGGCGCCUCAAACAAAAAAACCAUGGCGGAAACCCAUGAAAAAAUGUCUUUACUGACAAUAGUUUUCAGUUGUACAUGCCUAUUUCCUGGUCAUGUUUUUGACUUUCCUUGUUUACAUUUUUUGUCUUUUCUUUUCUACACUGUUUGCACUUUUCAUGCAGGCAUGUUUAUCAUUUUAAAUGAAGCACAAAUAUUGGAAGUUGUGGUAAUGUGGCCAAACGGAUUAAAUUCUUUUUAAAAGCA